AUGACAUAUCAGUACUUAACAGUGGAAAUGGUGAACAAAGCCAAGGCUAACGGCAGAUUUAUAGACCAGAAAAUGUUCAAAACGGCUGGAAAAUUUGGCUUCGAUUCUCUUUACCUGACUGAGGCGAGCAUGCAAGUGUUGCCGAAGCAAAUUUCCCUUUCGUAAACGGUCGUUGCCAUUUGAAACGGUCGAUGCCAUUUCUCAGAACGGUCGUUGCCAUUUGAAACGGUCGAUGCCAUUUCGAAAACUAGCCGAGCAGACGACAGCCCUCGUGAAUAGUUCGUACGCGGUUGGCACGCUCGGACGUCACUUCCGGGCAGUGUUGUUUACAAGAUGGCGGAGCAAUCCACGUGCGCGAGAGUUGAGCCAGCUGAACCAGCUGAACCAGAAGCAACCCAUUCUUCUUGUGCAGAAACAAAACAAAAAUCAAUUAAGAAGCCAACGGGGUGGAACUCCUUUAUGCAGUCAGUUGCGGUGAGUUUGUUUUGUAUUUCCCGAAAUAUUCAAUCAUUUUCAGCCUGGAUAAAGUGCUUGUUCAUCCUUUACAUCCGAUUACAAGUGAUUAAGAUUAAGUCAUCAGAAAUAUCAGUGAAAAAUAAACCGCAUGUAAAAUUUUCGUUUAUGUCAUUAACAAAUAUGUUAUCUAUAAGUGUUGCACUUAUAUUCGUUAUUCUUGUAGGCCUUGAAAUUACAUUCGAUAUAAGCUGAUAUAGUUUCCUCGUUCUUUGUAUCAUUCCACAGCCAGAUGUCAAGGAACAACUUGGAAAGGGGGCAGGAAUCGGGCAGGUUUCCAAAGUGGUUGGCAAUAUGUGGAAGAAAUUGCCGACAGACAGACGAAAGGUUAGUUAUAAACUUCUAACAUUGCGAGUGUUUGUGUAUUAACCCUGCCCCAUUUCAGUGGACUGCUAUGUGGUUUACAUGGCUAACUUUGUAAGGACCGAGAGUGUAAAUGUUCUCGUCAAACUUUCCAAUUAAAAGUAUUUUAGGUUAUGAAUGUUGAUCUUGAAUCAAGCUGGGACCUCAAGCUGAAUGUCAAUUUUGUAAUAUAAUGUUCAGACUUGUUAUUUUUCCAGAAAGAACUCUAAAAUAUACCUAGGGGAUAGCAUGGCCCAUUAUAAUGUACCAAUUAAUUUACCCUAAAUUUUAAUUAGAAAUAACCUACAUGUGGCGGAUGCAGGUUUUGAGGAAACGGGGGAAGGGGGGGGGGGGGGCAAGGGGGUAUUAUCCUCAAAAAAUUAUGAUAGAGGGUGAAAAAAACUGUCUUUGCAAUCUAGUUUAUAUAAAAAUAGGGGGGAUCAUAAAUACACGAUUGUUCCCUAAUAUAUUUACCCUCUUUUAAAAUAUCAUGCUAUGAUCUUCAUAGGACUGGAAAGAUAAAGCACAGAGCUUGAGGGAAGACCUUGAUAUGGGAAUAGCAGAGAUAAAAAAAUGUCCAACCUGCAGCACCCAGUUCACAAGGGAGAAGGACUUUAAAUACCACCAGAAAGGUUGUCAUGAGUGCAUUUGCGAGGAAUGCAAUGAAUCGUUUGACCAUGAGCAAAAGCUAAAAAGGCAUAAAGACAAGAAACAUAAAGACAGCUACAAGUGUGAUCAUUGUCAAAAGACUUUUGCUGAGAAACGAAAUCUUAUAAGACACCAAAAGUCACAUGUUUAGUUAACGUAUCCUGCAUUUAGUGAUUUUAAUUGGAGAUGAUUUGAAAGGACUAUUGGAUCAAUCUAUAAUACAUAAUUGUUUUUGUUUUAAAAUUAUUAUUAUUAUUAUUAUUAUCGAUUUUUGAAAUUAAUUGUGGUCAUUGCAGCACAUGUACAUCAUGUUACUGUUGAAACCAAAUUUUAAAUCAUUACAAAUGUUGUGUUAGACUUUAACAGGAAAAAUGAAUUAAAACUUAUUUACAAUGUCAAAACCUCAAUCUUUUUAAUAACCUUGUUGUUCAGGGGCAGAUCCAAGGAGAGAGGUUUUUAAUCUAGGCAAUUUGCCUUAAGUGAAUUUCCCUCUAUGUUAAACAUUAUGCGAACAUUCCAUUGUUUAUUCACUAAGAUUUCUCUGUUUUCCUAUUUUUUCCUUUGCAUGUGCUUUGUCUUGGAUUUCAUAGUAUGGGACCCAGACUUCUUACUACUUUUAGUGUUUGUUUGUACUGCUUUAGCCAAGUCAUGGCUGCGCUUCCUCUUGGAGGUGGGUUCUUGAAGUUGUACUGGUCGCCCUUUUGAUACAACCUGACGGCUUCCACUACCACACUUUCGUUUUCUGUUGGGCUGGACUCGGAUCUUUUUUCCAUUUCCGGUUUUUUUCACCUCACUGGACCCAAAAGUAAAAAGAGCGCUUGCCAAAUUAGAAUGCAUAGAUCUAGCAGCGGUUAAGGAUGUUACCCUUUUUGCGAACCUGAUUACACCUUUAGCCAAAUUAAGGUCUCUUGAGCUUUGGAGCUUUUGAAUUAUUUGUUCACAAGAGUUUCUCAACAAUUGUUCAGCAUUUGCAAUGGAAUCAUCCUCAUCAUCAUCAUUGCUCUGUAUUGGUUCAGCAGUGCAGCAGUUUGGCCCUUGUUGUGCUGUUUCCAUACUAGUGGAUGCCUCUGUUACAAAACCAUUAGAACCAUCAGUUUGUGAUGUUUGUCCAGCAUCACUAGAGCGUAAUGGCUUAUAACAAGCAACAGGAAGUGUCUUUCCUAUUGCUAGCCAGGCCAAUUUCUGCCUCUCAUGUGGAUUACUGACUGGAAUGAAGUUUAUGCAGUCUGCUAGAUUUGCCACCCACAGGACAUACUGGUGUUUGCAUGGGCUCCCGUCUUUACCAACCGUGCAGCUACAUAUCCCAAGAGUCAUGUCCACUGUAUAACUGACAAAGAAUCAAUGAGACACUUCAUAAAUAUCUCAAUACAACUGGAAUUUUUGUUUUUCAAUCUGUAUAGAUACAUUCUAGACCUUCAACUGGUUGAUCCACUAAGAUAUUAAUGGAAAUAUUGCUAACAGCAGAGUAAGGGCUUGCUCUUACUCUGCUAUAAAAAACUCAAUAACCCUGCCAAGAAGGGAAAUUACUAAAGGUACCCCACCCCCUGGACAAUAUAUUAGUCAUGUUUUGGUCUUCCUUAUGCUAAAUUAACAUCCUUGAAAUGCAGCAUAUGGAUGAACUGCAGGAAUUAUCUCAUAUGUUAUGCAUGUUAUGUCCCCAUGUUUUAUGUAUUUUUGCUCCAAAGGGGAGGAGCCUAGAAACACUGCUCCCUCCCCCCCUGCUUCCCCUAUCAAGAUCAUUUGAAUCAGACAAUGGGGGAAAGAUAGGAAAAUAAUGGCCACCCACACAUGCCCUCUUGUACCACCAGAGCGUUAUGCUAUUGCGACGGCGAAGAAAAAACACUACUGACCUGUGACUGCUAUCUGAAGAGCUUCCAACUUUGAAUACAUUAUUGCCAAAGUUCUCUACAGUUGAGAUGUAGGCAUCAAGAUCUUUUUUAUCUGGGACUUUAAACCCUGUGCUUCCGUCUUUCCCUUUCCCAAAGAAUCGAUGUCUGUACACGCCAUCAAAACUCCCAUCAGCAAUACUAAGGAGCUUAUUCUUGUAGUGAUCUUCUAGAUUAAUAGUCAGCUUGUCUAGAAGCCCAACAACAUUGUACUCUUUGGUGCGCUGCAGAAUUACAUCCUUAAGAACCAAAAACUGAGCCUCGGCAAAAUUGUUGGUGUGGUUCCCUCUAACAGGCAGUUCAGUUCUAAAACAUAGAGCAAACGAUUCUUUGUCAUUGUAUAGAUUUUGCAAAUAGCUGACUAGAUUUGGGUAUUUCUUGCAACGGCCAUCAUUCAAAAGUUCACUGAAGCAGUUCUCAAAAUCUUGUUUUGUCUCGGCAUAUAAGGACCUCUUGAAAAGGGUGAGAAAAUAGGGUCUAUCUGCUUGGCUGAUACUGUUCUUGCUCUCGUGAAGCCAUGUCCAAAGUUGUUGGAGCAUGUGGAAGAUGCAAAGAAGUAAAACAGAUGUUGGCCAAACAGACUUCAGAGCAUUUCUUUCCUCUUUACAGUUGUCUGUUAGGAUGACUUGGGGGCCUUGUUCCCGACCACGACCAUUGAAUGCAUACUCUGGUAAACAGGACCGAAGCAUUUCAAAGCCCUGUUUAAGUGUACGCUCCUGCUCAUCAUUGGUGAUCAAGAUGCCAAGUGGAAGUGCUCCAGAUACAUUGUUUGUGCACAUUAAAAACACUUCAAGAUUUUGCUCUUCUGUAUUAGAAGUAGCAUCAACAAAAACCAUCUCACCAGACUGCUGCACUUCCUUGUGUACACGGUUCAUGAGAGGCGUUACAAUAGCAAUUAUAAGAGGCGUAUCAUCACCUUCAUACAUCUGGUAACAAGUAGUAGCUUCAGGGUUGUCUUUCUUGUAUUGUUGAAGCCUUUCGGAAAGUCUUUCAAACAUCAUAACGCCCUGUCCACCAUACCUAUCCUUACCAAAUUGCGUGUAGAGGUAACUAAAGUCCCUUUUUCUCAGCAUAACUGCCCGAUUGGCCUUUUUCCUGUGAAAUUCCAAUUCAUCCUGACAUGAUUCUUUGAGUUCUUUCAAGUACUGUUGCCUUGCGGUUGCUGGUGUAUGCCCACUUUCAAACAACUUCAAAACCCUUUCUGUGCACUUAGGAGAAAGGUCACGGAAAUUAGAGGCCUCCAGAGUUUCAAGUGAAUGGUUGUGUUCCCGCUCUAUGUACACAGAACAACAUCCCUCGCUGUCUAUUUUGACUAUCAUCUGAAAGGGGCAAUUGGUGUUCUUUACUCUGGCAGAUGGGUUCAAGUACAAUUUCUGCUGUGGAUCUUUACUUGGACUCCAGUUGCGAGUGUUGUGUUGGCAUCUAUAGUAGUUUUGCAACACAUAGCCGCUGGUUGGUGCCUUCUUUGUCUUUAACUUCACUGAGAUGCUGUUUAUCACUUCAUAUUCGGAUAUCCACUGCUCCAGGUUUUCUUUCGUUAUAUCUUCGGUCAAAAAGUGCACUUUGAACUUUUCUUCAUUUCCUGAAAUUGCCUUCAGGUAGUAAAAUGAAUCAUCUGGAAGCGAAGCCAGAAAACUCUCCUUUGUAAUUUCGGUCGAUUCAAAAGAUUUACUUUUCGAUUCGACUUCUUUUAUAGCUGAAGAUAUUAGAUCUUUGAGAAAAUUGUCGGGUUUGUCCGCCAUUUUGAUUUGAUAAAAAUCGCGAUGGUUUGUAGGAAAGCUAGUCACGCAUUGCUCUGAUUGUCACGCAUGUCGUCGGAGAGAGUCGGAAAUAUCGGUUCCUUCUUGGCAUCGACCUUUACGAUGGCAUCGACCGUCAUGAGAAAUGGCAUCGACCGUUUCAAAUGGCAUCGACCGUUUCAAAUGGCAACGACCGUUCUGAGAAAUGGCAUCGACCGUUUCAAAUGGCAACGACCGUUUACGAAAGGGAAAUUUGCGGUGGCUACACCAACCACAUUCGCCCCCUACUAAGACCCACCUGCGGCUUUGUAUUGGUCAGAAGAAAUGGAGGGCAGCACAAUAAGCUGGGAGAGCUAAUGAACAACCUGGUCUUCGAUGCAACGGGCAAAUACGUUCACCUGACUCGCUAUCGACAGAUUGUGGAGACCGCGAGUGGCAGGCAGCUGAGCAGCAGCGCGCAGAGCACAAUCUCCGAGGACCAGAAUCAUAGCUCUGUUGUAGCAAGGGUUCACUAUCAAAAGCAGCGAUCGCGCGAGGUGCCGAGCGAAGCACAGGAAUAUUUGGAACGGUUGCACGGCAAAAAGGGAUCAGUGCUAGAACUAGACGUGCGCUCGAGGCUUUCAGGCAAUUCUGCGUCAUCUGAAGAUCAAAGUGGUAGCAAAACCGAUACUUCCUCUAACCACGAGGGGGAAAAGAUCACAGAAACACCACCCAAGCGUCUUUCAGGUGUCCCGAGACUAAAGCGAGAAAAUGCGUUUAUAGUGACAGAUUUCCCGGCGAGAAAAAAGAGUUUGAUGUUCACCCCUGAAGAAGACAGUUAUCUAAAAGCAGGCAUUGAGCGACGCAGCUACGGUCAAUGGAAAGUGAUUCUCAGGGAUUCCGAAUUUCAUUUUCAAGAGGGAUGGACAGCCAACUCACUGCUGAGCCGUGCUGCGCGAAGAUUCGGAUCACUUUCUAAGUUAUCUUAG